AUGGGUAGUUGGAAAGAUAUUAAUAAAUCUAAACCUGAUUGUGAUGUUUUUGAAGUUCAAUGUAAAACUACUUUAUGGCCUUAUUUUUUAGUUUUUAAAGAUUUAUAUCUUCAAAUUACUAAAACAAAAAUUAAACCUAUGAAUGUUACUUUUUUAAAAGAUUCUUAUAAUAUUAAUACUAUUAAUAACAAAUAUAAUGUUCAUUUAAUUAUAUUAGAUUCUAUAUCAUACUAUAGUGCACUUAGAGGAUUGAAGAAUACAAUAAGUUACUUAGAGAAAGAAUAUUCUGGUGUAACAUUUAAAAUGCAUAAUAAAAUAGGAUCAAAUUCACAACCUAAUGGUCAUGGAUUUUUACUAAAUAGAAGAAUAUCAAGUUUACAUAAUUUUUUAGAUGUAAAAAAAACAAAAGUUUCUGAUUAUGAAGCUGUUGGGAAGACAGGUUGUGAUGAGUAUAUUGAUGAUCAACCUUUUAUAGCAAAAUAUUAUCAACAAUUUAAUUAUACUAUACUAAGUGGUGAAGAUUUUUUAGAUACAGUUUUUACUUCACAUAAAUGUAAAGGAUUUAAAUAUACAUAUGCUCAUCAUUCAACACGACCAUAUAUUUUAAGAUUAUAUGAUCAAAAAUAUCCAGAUAAUUUAUCAUAUCUAACUCUUCAUAAUAGUAAAUGUAAAGGAUAUAUAAAAUAUCAAUUUAAUUAUUUAGAAGAAUUUAUGAAAACAUAUAAUGAUUCAAAACAAUUUUCUUUUACAUGGAUUACAAAUAUUGCUCAUGAACAUCUUACUGGACAUUAUGAACAUGAUAAUUAUUUCAAAAAAUUUUUUAAAACAAAUAAAAAAUUAUUUGAUAAUGGAUUUCUUAUAUUAAUGUCAGAUCAUGGUUUUCGUUUAGGAAAUUAUCGUAAUACUGAAAUAGGAGCAUUUGAAGAAAAAAAUCCAUUUCUUAUAAUAUCUCCACCAAAAGAUUUAAGAAAUAAUAACAGUGAGGUUUUAAAUAAUUUAAAAAUAAAUUCAAACAAACAUACAUCACAUUUUGAUGUUUAUGCUACAAUGCUUGAUAUCUUAACAGAAGGUAGUAGGACAAAUUUUAAUAAUAUGACUUAUUUUAAUUUUACAAAUAUUAUCAAAAAUGAUACAAUUAAAGGUACUAGUUUAUUAAGAGAAAUAAAUCAAAAAAGAACUUGUUAUUCAAUGGAAAUAACCUCAGAAUAUUGUUUAUGCACUGAAAAUUUUAUAAAAUAUAAUCAAACAUUUAAAGACACAAUUUUAUAUGAUGGAAAUAUAGUUAAUAAGAUAGAUACAAUUACAGAUAAAUUAAAAGAAAAUUUUAUUGUUACAAUUAAUAAACAAUUAGAAAAAGGUAACAUAACAAAAUAUUGUAAAAAAAUGACAGAAAAAAAGAAUGGGAAAUUUGAAUUAAAGUAUCUUUAUACAGAAGAUAAACAUAUAAUAUUUUACAUCAAACAAGAAGUUUUACCAAAAGGUAUAUUUGAAGGGUACAUUAAUGAAGAUGGUAAUGUGAUAACUUCUAGUAUUGAAAGACUCGAUAGAUAUGGACCAUAUGCUGAGCAAUGUGUUCCAAAAAAUCCAUAUAAAAAAUUUUGUUAUUGUAAACAACAAACUUCUGCUCAACCAAAUAAUGAUUUUAACAAAAUAAACGAAAAAAUUCAAAAAUUUUUCAAAAAAGCUUUAGAAGAUAUAAAUUCUUUUUUCAAAAAACUUUUUCCAUUUAGAUUAUAA